AUGAAACCAACCACCCUUCUCGCUGCGGCAGCAGCACUUCUCAGCCUCACAACGGCCGCACCCAUCGAAGCAUCAGAAGUCAGCGACAUCGAGCGCCGCGAUGCAUCCACCUAUGACCUCGCCAUUGGGGGUGGUCGCUUCAACUUGAACGAGCUCCAGUCCUACAGCUUGUUCUACGCCAACAGCUCCGCCUACAUUGGACAGAUCAAGUACCAAUCCUACUCGGAGCCGCUGAUCGUCUCCGGUGCCAGGAAUGGCAUCGACACCAUUACCUUCCAGUCUAUCCACAGCAGCCCGACGGGUUGGCAGCAGAUGUACGUGGUGCCCGGCCAGUCAAAGCCCGUCGGCUUCAGUGUUCCACACGGCUCCCCGCCCGCCGGUGUCCGCACCAACGAAUUCAGCUUCACCUGGAACGGGUCUCUGCAGAACCACGGACGCAACUUCUUCUACGCGUGCCAGGAUGCGGCAGGCACCCUGGCGGCGAUCCACAGCUACCAGAUUUGGUGGAUGGCAAAUGGCUUCCCAAGGAAUUGGACGUGCAAGGGUCCUUUGAACAUUCACGUCGCCGAUGGAUGUGCCAGAAGCUUGUAA